AUGAGCUUGUCGUUUGCGCGCAAACUGGCACGCUUCAUCACGGAGAAGCCCUGCAAGACGCCGGAGUGGGGACUGGUCCUCUCUCAGCUGAACAGAAAGCCGAAGAUCAAUGUGCAUCGUGGCCCGAUGUGCGCACACCUUGGGACCGCAAGUGGUCUGCAGGAGAGCACACUGCGACCGAUGGCCGGAGCUUCCCCCAAGGGGGCUCGACCAGAUUCAGAGGUCAACGAACGUCUCCAGUCCAACGGCCUCCUCGAUAAUCCCGCUUUGAAUCGCUCCUGA